AUGGCGGGAUCAAGCGCACACCAGGCACACAUCCAGAGGAUGAUGGAGGGUGCCACCGCCGGUCUUUAUGCUUAUCAGUCUCCAUAUUCCCGACUUGACGGCCAUGAACAGACGGGAUGGGGCGACGAAAUAGACCUGGGUGAAGUGGACGACUCCCAUUCUUCUCUUCCUUCCCUUCGACCAUCCAUGGACGAGAGCGACUACCGCAAUCCCGCCCUAUCGUCAAUCCCCGUUCCGCUCAUACCCGGGGCCGGCGCUUGCCGGGAAAGCAAAUUUAAAGAGAUAUUCAGGAGUGUAUCAACGUCAUUGGGACGAAACAAUGUAUCAAGCUCUCCCCGCGGUCGGCGGAGACCCUCCGAGGCUGCGAACCCUGAGAGUACCGUGGAUGUAGAUGAGCUGGCCCAGAAGUAUGGUUAUGUACCGCGGGAAUGCCAUGCAAGGCAUGACGUUUCCAUCGAAGCUUGGGACUGGCUCUACAUCUGUCAAAUUAUCAUGUCUAUACUCGCUACUGUCGGUAGUGCAGUGGCCCUCUUUUUGGCAAUCCACCGGAAGCAAUGGGGCCAGGUAAUAUCACCGAGCAGUGAGGCGCGCAUGUCACACGCAACGUCACAAUCCGUCUUCAACGGUCUCUAUAAGUUAGUUGAAGUCAUGUUUGCGGCUGUCUUUGUCACAUUCAUCGGCCAAAUCUUGACGAGGAGGGCCUUCGCCAAGAAUUCCAAGGCGAUUAACGUUGCAGAGGUCACGAUGCGUAACUGGGUCAAUCAGCCAGGGUCCCUUCUGACUCAAUACCAAGGACUCCCCUAUGCCGGUUUGAACAUGCUGGGUGCCUUGACGAUCCUGGCAACUAUCGGUGCACUACUAUAUUCCACUGCAUGCACGGCUUUGAUUUCUCCAAAACCAAUGUGGGGUCAGUGGAACUACGAUGUCAACAUUCACGGGUAUGCCUGGGCAUCCUGGGCCAACAUAUACUACAUCAAGUCUACCUGCCCCGCUAUCGGCAGCGCCUUCGGUGAUGAUUAUGAGUAUCCGUGGGCCUGUUUGCAGAUAAAAUUCAAUGGCGACUCGUAUCGAAAUCUCAUGGCUUUCCUUGAAACAUGGCAGAACGGUACCAAGGCGACUGCGGUCUUGAGCGACAGACCGCCCGCACGGGCAAUCAUCUACGGCAACACAACACUGACAUCUACCUGGCUUGAUGUUUAUGAGCCAGCCGAAAUAGUCGAUGGGCGUCUAAUUAAUAACGUCACGCUUGCAAUGCCUCACGCUGGAGUCUCGUCUCUAUACUCGGAGAAGACCUCUGCCCUAACUAGACUCUUUCAACCAACCAGGAAUGAGGACUUUGGCGGCUAUCAGGUGCAAGCUGCGGUCGUUUCCCCGGUGAUAAAUGUCAUGUGCGUAAAUACGUUCAAGAAAGAGCUUGAGCCUUUGGUAGAUGACUCGAGAAAAAUCGAGCAAACCACGGAUGCUACUUCACUUGAUGAACUUUUCCAAUGGGGUAAGAAGUACAGUCGAUACAGACCAGCUUUUACUAAACUUCCUAUGGCGCAUAACUUGGUUACGGACCGACAAUGGAAAAUCGAAGGUGCUGAUGCGACGUACCUGAUGGCCAAGUCGACCUCAACGUCCAACUAUACACUUUGGGAGAUGGGAGUUUCAUGCCGUCAUCCUGACGCCCCUUGGGAGGCGAACAACCCAGACUUUGCCAUCCAGUAUUAUGACCCUACGCGGAAUAUGACACCCACGAUGAAGUCACCAGACUGGCGUAACCUGACAGUCGAGUGGAGCAAAAGUAUGGGAUUAAACGGUGGUGCUCAAGACAACAACGCCUCCCAUGCGCGGCUACUGACCGAUCUUAUCCUCAACAAACCGGAGCUCCCACCCAACAUGCCCUCUUUAGCCGAAGCACUCGCUGUGUAUGCUAGCUCGGUGCUCGUAACAGGCUCAAUUGGCGCAUCAUUCGGUCAUAAUUGGUAUACAGGGGACUACGAAACAAAAGUGGCAAGAGAUCCUGUGCUUGAGGUCUUUGAGGCCCGCUGGCGAACGAGGCAAUUCAUCUCGUCCUAUGAGGCUGAGAAUGCUGAUCAAGGCUAUGAAUCACGACCGUCUGCGCUUGCUGUUUUCUACUACAUCGUACUGGCGGUGGUCUUGUUGGCGAAUUUGGUUUGCUUAGGGUAUCUGGUCAAGCACAGGGGGCUAGUGGCCGACUUCACGGAACCCCAGAAUCUAUUUACUUUGGCGAUCAACUCGCCGCCGAGUCGUGUCUUGCAGGGAGCAUGUGGCCAAGGGCCAGAGUACAGAGACCUCGGGACAGCCUUCCGGGUGGCUUAUGCCCCAGCGUCGAACCACUACUUUUUCGAGGACGCGCGAGACGCCCCAAUGCGCAAGGCUGCGAAGCGCUUGUCUAGGCUCUCAAUGGCUACCGGCGGCGAUCAGAGUUACCUCCACGUUGUGGACGGAGCAUACGCCGACAGCUACAAGCGACUGAGCUCACACAAGCCUCUGCUAUAG